AGCCGCUGCCGGAGUCUGGCGGUUCAUUCCCCGGGACCGGGGGCAGGAGGCAGUCCGCUUUAUCCACACCCUUCCAGGUCGCCAGCUGGAGACCCGCAGUCACACAGUACUACCCCCAGGGAUCGCUUUCUCCCGAGUCCGCCACUGUUAAUAUCAGCAUAAAGGGUCCGGGAAUCGGCGAUGGUUCUUCUGCCACUAUGGCUGGUAACCGGGAUACUUGUGCGGACUUUAACCACCGCGGUGCGUGCUGAACCCCAAGUAACUAAGAGCAGAGAGUUUUUGCAGAGGUUUGGUGUUCUGGGUCAGGACUAUGGGCUAGUGACUCCACUCAGAACGGACUCCCUGGGCCACUUCGUGUCUCACCUGGUGUCAGGCCCUGCAGCUCGGAGGAAAAGGCAGACUGGUCCUGAGUCCUGGUCUGAAUCUUCUGCGGAAGCUCAAGUCAAGCCCCACCCUCUCUUCUACAACGUCACAGUGUUUGGUUUGAACUGGCAGUUGAGGCUGGAGCCUAGCCGCCGGCUGCUGGCCCCAGGAGCUGUGGUGGAGUGGCAGGAAGAUGGACAGAACCAUAUAGAGACAUUGGACGGGAACUGCAUCUACAAUGGGGGCAUCAGCCACGUCUCUGGAGCCACUGUGGCUAUUAGCAAUUGUGACGGACUGGCUGGCAUGAUCCGAACAGUUCAAGGGGAAUAUUUUAUCGAACCACUCGAAAAGGGAAAGCAAGCAGAGGAAGAGGAGAAAGGUCGAGUUCAUGUGGUGUACCGCAGGUCAGCUAUCCAGCACUCGCAUCCUGAAAUCGCUGAUGACUUUCAUCCAGCAGAAUCGAAGUUUGAUGGGCUUGGUAAUCUGGAUCAUAUGUAUCACGAGAUUGGCAAGCGACUGGAUGAAAAUUUGAGGCAACGAAGACACGCAAAAGAAAAUGAUUACAACAUUGAGGUGCUUUUGGGAGUGGACGACUCUGUGGUACGGUUCCACGGAAAAGAACACGUUCAGAACUACCUGCUGACCUUAAUGAAUAUAGUUAAUGAGAUUUACCAUGAUAAAUCACUGGGAGCCCACGUGAACGUUGUGCUGGUGCGAAUGAUCAUGCUGGGAUAUGCAAAGUCCAUCAGCUUGAUUGAAAGAGGAAAUCCAUCUCGAAGUCUGGAGAAUGUUUGCCGUUGGGCCUCCUCUCAACAGCGAUCAGACCUAAACCACUCAGAGCACCACGAUCAUGCAAUCUUUUUAACAAGGCAAGAUUUUGGCCCAGCGGGUAUGCAAGGAUAUGCUCCAGUGACUGGAAUGUGUCACCCAGUUCGUAGCUGUACUUUAAACCAUGAAGAUGGGUUCUCUUCAGCAUUUGUCGUAGCACACGAAACUGGUCAUGUCUUGGGAAUGGAGCACGAUGGUCAGGGCAAUCGGUGUGGUGAUGAAACCAGUAUGGGGAGUGUAAUGGCACCCUUGGUCCAAGCUGCAUUUCAUCGAUUUCAUUGGUCUCGGUGUAGUGGGCAAGAGCUGAAGCGAUAUCUUCACUCCUAUGACUGCCUUCUGGAUGACCCAUUUGAACAUGAUUGGCCCAAAAUUCCAGAAUUGCCAGGGAUAAACUACUCAAUGGAUGAACAGUGUCGAUUCGACUUUGGAGUCGGCUACAAAAUGUGCACGGCGUUUCGCACCUUUGAUCCAUGUAAGCAGCUGUGGUGCAGCCACCCUGAAAAUCCAUUCUUCUGCAAGACGAAGAAAGGACCUCCCUUGGACGGAACGGAGUGUGCACCUGGAAAGUGGUGCUACCAGGGUCACUGUUUGUGGAAGACCUCAGAGCAGUUAAAGCAGGAUGGUAACUGGGGAUCGUGGAGCAAACUCGGGUCCUGUUCUCGCACCUGUGGAUCGGGCGUCCGAUUUCGAACUCGCCAGUGCAAUAACCCAGCGCCUGCCAACGGUGGUCAGGAUUGUCCUGGUCUAAACUAUGAAUAUCAAUUGUGUAACAAAGAAGAUUGUCCACAUUAUGAAGACUUCCGAGCUCAACAAUGUCAACAAAGGAACUCAUACUAUGAGUAUCAGAAUACCAAACAUCACUGGCUUCCAUAUGAACAUCCUGACUCAAUAAAGAAAUGCCAUCUAUAUUGUCAAUCCAAAGAAAUGGGAGGAAUUGUCUACAUGAAACAGUUGGUUCAUGAUGGUACCCGCUGUUCCUAUAAAGAUUCCUACAGCAUCUGUGUUAGAGGGGAAUGUGUGAAAGUGGGAUGUGACAAAGAAAUCGGUUCAAACAAAGUAGACGACAAGUGUGGAGUAUGCGGUGGAGACAACUCACACUGCAGAACAGUGAAAGGAACAUUCACCAGAACACCAAAAAAACUAGGUAAAAAAUUAAACAAGAGGUACAAAAACAAGCUCGGAACCUUGGGAAAACAAAUUUGCUACUUAAAGAUAUUUGAUAUCCCAGCUGGUUCUAGACAUGUGUUCAUCCAAGAAGAUGAGGUAUCUCCUCACAUUCUUGCUCUCAAGAACCAGGCUACAGGCCACUACAUUCUAAAUGGUAAAGGAGAAAAAGCCAAGACGCAAGUUUUUAUUGAGCUUGGUAUAGAAUGGCGAUAUACCUUGGAGAACGAUAUGGAAACUCUCCAUACAGAUGGCCCUUUGCACGAUGCUGUUGUGGUCUUGAUUAUCCCUCGGAAUAAUAGCACCAAAUCUAGUCUCACCUAUAACUAUAUUAUCCAUGAGGACUCCCUACCAACGAUCAGCAACAACAAUGUGCUUCAGGAAGACCUUGAUGCAUUUGAGUGGGCUUUGAAGAGCUGGUCCCAGUGUUCCAAGCCAUGUGGUGGAGGUUUUCAAUAUACAAAAUAUGGAUGCCGCAGGAAAGCUGAUAAUAAAAUGGUUCACCGCAGCCACUGUUCUGCAGACAAAAAGCCAAAAGCUAUCCGCAGAAUGUGUAACCUACAGCAAUGUAAGCUGCCUAUGUGGCGAGCAGAGGAAUGGGAACACUGUACUAAAUCCUGUGGCGGCUCCGGUUACCAGAUCCGCACUGUCCGCUGCGUGCAGCUGAUGGUUGAUGGAAAGAACCGUUCAGUCCACAGUAAAUACUGCGCUGGUGAACGGCCAGAGACUCGUCGUGCCUGCAAUCGGAAGCCCUGCCCUGCACAAUGGAAGAUAGGCCCUUGGUCAGAGUGUUCUGUCACAUGUGGUGAAGGAAUUGAGCAAAGACAAGUCACAUGUCGUCCAAGUAAUCUGUGUGAUGGGGAGAAGCCAGAAGCGACGAAGGUCUGCAGCCCUCCUCCCUGUGUUGAUGAGCCCUGUCUGAAAGACAAGUCCAUAUUCUGCCAAAUGGAAGUGCUUGCUCGGUAUUGCUCCAUCCCAGGCUACAAUAAACUCUGUUGUGAAUCGUGUAGCAAGCGCAGCAGUACCCUGGCUCCCCCUUUCUUCACUGGCACUGCUGAAUUAGAGGACCUGGUGGCUGGUGCAGACCACAGAACCAAUGUAGAGAUGGCACCAACACAACAGAUGGACACCACCCUCAGGAGCAGAGUCCCACACAGCAACAAGCCAGUCAAAGCAAGGAACACACAGCCCAGUGCAAUAAGCACAGCUCGUGGCAAAACAAAAGCUGCUGUUUUCUCUCAAACAAGCCCCGCUUCUCUUGACAGCAGGCCUUCCAGGUUUGUAGCUUCACUGCAUUCACUCCAGAGCAAACCUCGUCAUUCCACGAACAGCUCCACCGUGACCCAAGCGUCGUACAGUGGAACAAUGACUACGGACAGCCAUACCACGUUACAGACUCCUGUGGUAAAUACAUGAAGGGUGCUUCCUUCGUGCAUCAGACAUUCCCGGGAGAAAGUGAAUUACCAUUCUUCAAAUUGUACAUAUCAUGAUACAUAAAUAAUUAAAAAGGAUUUUGGGCAACUUCAGUGAACUUAAACUGAGAGGUUUGUGAAGUGCUGGCACUUUAACCUUUUCAACUGUUUGAGCAACCUUCAGUUUAUUUGGGAUAACAAAGGCACGAAAGAUCUUUCAAAUGUGAAGGAAACUACCAGGUCUGACAGUUGUUAUCUUUGCAAAUAAUUAUGAAAUCAUGUUGCAUUUCAGCUGACAUUUAAAAAAUCAAAGCCAGGCUUUCGAAGAAAUGAUAUCAUUAAAGUUUUGGAGAUGCAUUUAUAAGAAAAUGUUCUGCAGUCUGGUCAGCCACAUUUGUCAGUGGAAUGGAUAUAAUUUUAGUUAUUUUCAGCUGCUCUGUAAAUAUUGUACUGUAUUUGCAAAAGUUAACAUUAGGGUUUAGGGCAAAAUUAGUUUGCCCUAUUCAGUGUUUACCAAUGUUACAUAACUAUGUCUAAAUAUUGGUGUAUUCUUGAUAUUCAAAACUGUCCAAAUACAGUCAGGAAUAAAGAGUGAAAUAGAUGGGUAAGAAUUAUUGGUGGUCCCAUUAUCAGGUUAACUUAAUACAUGUAUUUACCAGUACCCACGGUCUACAAAGCUGCGAAGAACGAAGCUGGUUAUAUAAAGCCCACUGGAAAUAAGUGGUGCAGGUUUUCAUUCCAAUCUGAAUGCCAGCGAUAUGCUAUUCCUUCAAUAUGCUGUGCCUUCCCAGAAUAUUCUGUUCUUGUUACACAUUUCAUGAGUAAGAUUCAAAUACAUCAAUCAAACAUCCUGUUAGGAAUGUUGAGCAUACAAUACAUUGUUCUUCAUUUCUGGGCUUCAGCUGCCUCUAUCAUCUGAACUGGCUCUUCGUCAACUGUCCCGUUUGCUGAUAGCAACAGUGACUAUAUCUGUAAAACAAAGUGUUCUGAUCCGUUCAGUCGUACACUAGUGUGCGUUCAUGCUUGAGAAAUUUGGCCAUCCGACUAAAACAUUCUUACAUGUGUGUUGACAGAAGCAGCAACUACACCAGCUGUCAUCUCCCCCCGCCAUUAAAAACCAACAAGGCCCCUCUCUACCAACUCCGAGUCCUAAUCAAUUUGCACAGGAUAUAAUGUAAAAUCCAAUGCAAAUAUAGUGAUUUAAUCUCACAGAAAAAAAUGCUGUUAGUGUGCCUUAUACAGUAAAGUUUGGACAUUCCGAUUGACCAACUGACAAGCAUUGAUCAAACUUUAAAAAUGGUGUGUAGCUAAUAUUUUAUUUGUAGAAUACAGCACAGAAUCUGCCCUUCCAAACUUUCAAAGCAUGCAGCCAGCAACCCACUGAUUUAACCCUAGCCUAAUCACAGAACAAUUAACCUACGAACCAGUACAUCCUUGGACUGUGGGAGGAAGCCCACGCAUUCUAUCGGGAGGAUGUACAAACCUCUUACAGAGAAUGCUGGGAUUGAACUCUGUACUCUGACCCCAAGCCAUCAUAGCACCGCACUAACCGCUACACUACUGUGGUGCCCAUAAUGGGGAAAGAGAGAAUGGCUGAACCAGUUUGAAAUUGGGCCUAGUAUUCCAUUUCAUAAUCAAAAUGGUAUAGUUAGGAUGUAACUGGAGGCACAUAGUGGAAGACCAUGAAACAAAAUACAUUUAUUGCAACUUCUACAUUAUUACAACACUACAUCAAAACUCUAGUGACAAUGGCAGUAAAUACAGCGGUUCCUAAACGCCUCCAUUGGACUACAUGUUCUUUCUCCAGGGUUACCCGGGCACUCUCAUACCCCCCAGAAAAUUGCCAGGCAGUCAGCCUGAACGGAGCCCUUCACUAACACGGGAGAUCCUGCGGAUGCUGGAAACCAAAGCAACACACACAAAAUGCUGGAAAGACUCAGGAGGUCAGGCAGCAUCUGGGGGAAGUUGACAUUUUGGGUGGAGAUGAAGGGUCUCAGUUCCUGAGUCCCUCCAGCAUUUUGUGUGUGGAGCCCUCAACUGCCUGCUACCAGGAACCCCUUGCCAGUAAAUCAGAUACUUCAGUCAACCUAGUGCCUUUGAGGAAUUGCUGCUGUCAAUCUACAAGGCUAGUGAAGAUGAAUGAAAUUAGUGCUUUGUAAAAUGACAACUCCUGGGCCCUCAGACAUUUGCAUAGAAUGUAAGAAUAUCCUUCAAGCCAUAAAGGAAACUAAAAUGAAUUAAUUGUUCAAUUUUGCUUUUUUUUGUACAAUAAUGUAGAUUUCUGUUUUACUCUAGUGUACACUACUGAUGCUGUUUGUAAUAUUGGAGAGCACAUAGCAAUAAAUAUAAGC